CAGCAGCUCUUAUCUCUCCUGCCUUUCCGGUCACCUUCUACCCUUCUCGGAACGAAGUACAUACCCAAUUUGACGACCACAUUCAUUCUCUCAAUCACAAAUAGCUUUCAUUGUUUCUUUCGCUUCCACUCCUUCUGUUGACAUUUGGAUUUUGGGUAGAAAACUCGUAUUUCUAUUUUUGGACUCGGGCUUUUGUGCAGUAAAUUCCAUGGAAACGGAAUCUGAAAGGCCAAGGCUUCGUUACUUCCGCUGUAGCUUCUGUAGACGCUGUUGUCGCUGUUUCUGCUGCUUCUACUCAUACCCAUAGCCCUAAACAAAACCCUAACCAGACUAGAUACUCGAUUGUUGUUUAUGGAUUCAUCGCAUGCUCCUUCAGGUCUCUCUCUAGGUUUUCACUCUCACAUAUCAUCACCGUUGCCUGCGAAAAUCCCGGCGUCAGUCGCCGAGGAAUCUUUUUCAUUUCAGAUUGAUUCCACUUUUUGCGGCUCCUCGAAUCGAGUUCCUCUGCAAUUGUUCCAUCCGAAGGGUGGUCAUCGGGUUGCGGAGGGCGAGGAGGAAGGGGAGGGGGUUUCUGAGCAGUUCAGCAUAUUAGGACACCGUAUGUGUGUAAAGAGGGAUAGGGAUUCUCAAGCUUGCUUACCUUCGAAGCGAAUUGCAAUCGGGUCCGGACUUGAGGAGCGGCGCUCAUGGGGUAACCAGCCUCCUUGGGACGCCGACCCAGAGGUCCUUGAAAUUAUGGAGAAAGAGAAGCAGCGACAAUUCAGAGGGAUUGAAUUGAUUGCUUCUGAGAAUUAUGUCUGCCGUGCAGUAAUGGAAGCCCUAGGAAGCCACGUAUCCAACAAGUACUCAGAGGGAAUGCGCGGAGCUCGGUAUUAUACCGGCAAUCGAUACAUCGAUCAAAUUGAAUUGCUUUGUAUGGAGCGGGCAUUGGCCGCUUUUGGCCUUGAUUCUGAUAAAUGGGGCGUGAAUGUGCAACCAUAUUCAUGUACCUCUGCAAAUUUGGCAGUUUACACAGGGCUACCUGGGGAUAGGAUAAUGGGGUUGGAUUCAGCUUCUGGUGGCCAUAUGAGUCACGGGUACUAUACCCCUAGUGGGAAGAGGAUAUCUGCUGCGUCCAUAUUCUUUGAAACUUUACCUUAUAAGGUGAACCCGCAAACAGGUUACAUUGAUCAUGAUAAGCUUGAGGAGAAGGCCCUUGAUUUUCGCCCAAAGAUACUUAUAUGUGGCGGGAGCUCCCACCCACGAGAGUGGAAUUACUUGAGGUUUAGGCAGAUUGCAGAUAAGUGUGGAGCAGUUUUGAUGUGUGACAUGGCUCAGAUUAGAGGUCUUGUAGCAGCAAAGAUAUGUACAAGUCCAUUUGAGUAUUGUGAUAUUGUUACCUCGACAACUCAUAAAAGUCUACGAGGCCCUAGUGGUGGUAUUAUCUUUUACAGGAGAGGUGCCAAGCAAAGGAACCAUGGAAUGCAGCUUAAUCAUAGUGAUGGUAUUAGCCCCUAUGAUUUUGAGGAAAAGAUCAAUUUUGCAGUAUUUGCAUCAUUGCAAGGGGGUCCACACAAUAAUCAUAUUGCUGCUCUUGCCAUUGCUUUAAAACAAGUUGCUACUCCUGAGUUCAAGGUAUAUAUGCAGCAGGUGAAGAAAAAUGCUCAAGCUUUAGCAUCUGCAUUGUUGCGAAGAAAAUGCAGGUUGGUGACUGGGGGCACUGACAACCAUUUAUUGCUCUGGGACCUAAGUACUCUAGGCUUAACAGGCAAGAAUUAUGAGAAGGUCUGUGAGAUGUGUCACAUCACUCUCAAUAAAACUACCAUAUUUGGUGAUAAUGGUGCAUUUUCCCCUGGAGGAGUAAGAAUUGGUACUCCUGCUAUGACAUCACGAGGUUGUUUAGAGACUGAUUUUGAGACAAUUGCGGACUUCCUUAUGAGGGCAGCCCAAAUAACUAGUCUUGUGCAGAGGGAACAUGGUAAAAUGCAGAGAGAUUUUCUCAAGGGUCUUCAGAACAAUAAAGAUAUUGUUCAGCUACGAAAUCAGCUUAAUGCCGACCCUGGAGAGAUCCCUCUGCAUCUUAUCCUUUCUUUCAGAGGCAGUGUCUCUGAAAUUUAUUAGAGGCAAACAAAAAGAUGUUGCAAAACAGGAAUAUAUUUUCACCAAGCCUUUUGAUUGAACAUGCAUGAAGGCUACCUUCUGGUAAAGCUUUGUUUAUUAGUCUAUCCUAUUUAUGUAAUUAUGUUCAUGGUGGGCUUGUGUUGCCGCAUGAUGCUACAGUUCUAUGUUUUCAGCUGUCGUUUCUGGUUUUAUGAGACACAAUUCUGACAGAUAUCUUGUUACCUUGUUACUCAUGUACUCUUUAGGCACACACUAUAAUUAAGGCUGCAUUUCCUUUUGUUGUCUUUCUCUUCUUGGGAUCUUUCGUUACAAAAAGAGUUUCUUUUUCACCAUAUAUAAAGAGGAGGAAGCAAGGGCUGGUAACUCCCACA